UCUUUGACCUUCGGGGAAGCGUGCGAUUUCGCUGUUUGCCACGAUUUCGCCAAAGAUGCCGCUGCCAUGGUCGUGGCUGCCGUUCGCGGGAACCUCUGCCGCCGCCUUCUCGCUGGGCUCUCAGAAUAUGAGUUCGUCCGACGACUCGGCGCACAGCAGUGCAGAAUCCACGUUUGAUGAGGAGAAUUCCGACGCCGACGUGUCCGACACGGCGUCCACGACCAUGAGUGGCGAGUCCCAUGCUGGCAGCAGGGUGAUAUUGGCCAGGAGCAAGACCAAGAUGGCCCUGAUGCGACACAACUUGUCGAACGGUCAACGUGUCCUGCACAAGAUCCGGUGCCGCGUCUCGGGUCUGCUGCUCAUGCUGGGCCUGGUGUGCUCCGUGUGCGUCAUGUUCGAGUACUCUCGGUCACGAAGCCUUGAGGAUGCUGAUGUCUUGGACACAGGCAAGUACAUCGACCAGGUCAUCUUCGGCUUCCUGCUCUACUUCUGCCAGAUCGUUUGUUGCUGCCUGGCUCCCCUGCAGGAUGACGCCAAGCUCACGCGCCUGGCGCUGUUGCAGCUGGCCACCGUGGCGUUGCUUGGGGCCAUCUUCCAGGUCUGGCCCGCCAUCCAAAUCUCCUUGGACCAGCAUGCAGGAAAUGAGUGCAGCAUGUACGGAAUGGACAUGGAUCCCAUCGGCUGCCACCUGAACCUGGCCCAGCUGUGCAUGCGUAUGACCGCUCUGGCAUUCAUGGUCGUCGGAAAUCUCGUGACCAUGUUUUUCUCAGACCCGGAUCGAAUGCAGAGGUGCAUGUGGACGAUUGCAGCGACGUUCCUGUUGGUUGAGAUUUUGGCCAUCCUCAUGCACGUCAUUGUCUCGGCGAUCCUACUGCACAUCUUCGACCCCAUGGCCAUGCGCUUCCUGGGCAUGUUGCCCUCCAUGGUGCUCAGCCGCGCCUCGAUGCUCCGCAGCAGGUUCCAGGUCUGGGUCACGGGCUUCUUCAGCUACCGCAACAACCGGGCGGCGGCCGCCGGCAUCGCUGGCUUGGUGGGCAACUGCUCCAUCCCUGAGGUCAUGAGCCAAGCGAAGAAGCGCUUCCGCUGCGUGGACUUUUCCAGGCUAGACCGACAGGAGCUGUCCACGAACAAACCCAGCCCUACUUGCUUUACGCUCUCUCGCCACAUCAAGUUGGGAUGCUGCGACGCCUUUAUUUCGCACUCCUGGCAUGAUGAUGCGCCUGCUAAAUGGGAAGCCAUGACCUGGUGGAAGUCCAUGUUCCAGAACAGCAGGCAGCGUUCGCCGAUGAUCUGGCUGGACAAAUGCUGCAUCGAUCAGAGUGACAUCGAGGCGGAUCUUCGUUGUUUGCCCAUCUUUCUCUCCGGCUGCCACGAGCUCGUGGUCUUUUGUGGGCCGACUUAUCUUAGCCGCCUUUGGUGUAUCAUGGAGCUAUUCACCUUUGUGCACAUUGGCUGCAAGCUCCACGAGAUCAACGUCAUCCCUCUACUGCGGAGAGGCCAUAUCGCAGAGGACCGCGCGGCGUUGCGCGACUCCUUCCUGAAUUUCGAUGUCAUGAACUGCGACUGCUUCAACACCGCCGACAAGGAUAAGAUGCUGGACAUUAUCCAGACCGCUUUUGGGGACCUCGAGCAGUUCAACGACUCGGUGCGUUCUAUCCUCAAUGACAUCGAUUGGAUGCGCACCUGCACCCGGGAAUGGCAAUGGAGGGAUCCCUAUGCAGUGCCGGACGAUAGCCCCAUCCCUUCCAUCCCUUCGCCGAAGAAGCACUUUCUGGAUCUGAAUGUCACCAUGUAGACAUGGCUUGAAAAGGCCGUGCAACAUGGAAAGGGAACUUGACACUAUUUCUUCUCACCGCGGCUUUCCCACCUUGUGGACAUGCAGGGCAUGUCCUGGGCUCGCCUGGCGGAAAUGCACGUGCUGUACAGAUGGCCAGUGUCAGACUGAAGGUGACACAGAGCCGCUUAAUUCGAGGAGGUAAUUCCGCACACAUGUUCGAAAGAGCCAAACUCAGAGACCCGAUCGAAGUUGAUGUUGGUCAAAUUCUCCCAGGGGAGAUCUGUGGAAGACUUUUGCCCACAGCCCAGUUUGCCCGGAUUUGGGCAGUGCCUAGUUCUUCGACCGCGUGUCACGGCCAUGUUUUAUUUAGACUGCUCUGCAGUAUCAGGCCGAGUGAGCAAUUUGAAAAACCGGCACUUGGCCAACCAAUAAAAGACGUAAUUUAAUGCCCGUGCCAAGAAUUUCAAUGGC